AAGUUAGUCGACACAGGAAAUAAGGAAGUAAUAUAUGACGGUGUAGUCAUAGUAGUGGUGACCUUUUGUGUCCUCAAACGUCAGUCUGUUACAAGCAAUUGGCCUGUUAACAGUAUAACUUAAAAAAAAAAUUUGAAUUUCUUUCAAUCCUCAUAUUGACAACUAAAUUCAAUAAGCCUGCAAAAAUGGUGUGGAUAACCAACGACGAUAAGAUGUCUGGAAAACCAGUGGCAACGGGUUUAGUGGCACAAAGUCAUUUGGAUCAUAUGUGCGCACUCGAUAUUAGUACACAAACAUCAUUUGUUCGUUUAUCAGGUAUUAUUUGUACAAUUGGACCAGCUUCAAGAUCAGUGGAAAAAUUGGAGCAAAUGAUUGAAACUGGAAUGAAUAUUGCCCGAAUGAAUUUUUCCCAUGGAUCGCAUGAAUAUCAUGCUGAAACAAUAGCAAAUGUUAGAGCUGCACAAAAAAAUCUUUCAACAAAAAAUGGUCUCAAUAUACCCGUGGCAAUUGCCCUCGAUACCAAGGGUCCUGAAAUUCGUACCGGUCUUCUUGAGGGAGGUGGCAGUGCUGAAGUUGAACUAGUCAAGGGACAAGAUUUUAAACUUUCCACGGACAAGGCGUAUCUUGAAAAGGGAAAUAAUAAAAUUGUUUACGUUGAUUAUGAUAAUAUUUCAAAAGUUUUAAAAUCAGGAAAUCGUGUUUUUGUUGACGAUGGAUUAAUAUCAUUGAUUGUCAAGGAAGUUGCUGCUAAUGAAGUUUUAACAACUGUGGAAAAUGGUGGAACACUUGGUUCACGUAAGGGUGUAAAUUUGCCUGGUGUACCAGUUGAUUUGCCCGCUGUUUCCGAAAAGGAUAAAUCUGAUUUAACAUUUGGCGUUGAACAAGAGGUGGACAUGAUUUUUGCCUCAUUCAUUCGUAAUGCAGCGGCGCUCACUGAAAUUCGUGGAAUUCUCGGCGAUAAGGGAAAGAAUAUUAAAAUAAUAUCGAAAAUUGAAAAUCAACAGGGAAUGACAAAUCUCGAUGAGAUUAUUGAAGCAUCUGAUGGUAUUAUGGUUGCUCGUGGUGAUCUUGGAAUUGAAAUUCCCCCAGAGAAGGUAUUUUUGGCACAAAAAUGUAUGAUAAGCAGAUGUAAUAAAGUGGGAAAACCAGUUAUCUGUGCAACUCAAAUGCUUGAAUCAAUGGUUAAAAAACCAAGAGCAACUAGAGCCGAAACAUCUGAUGUUGCUAAUGCAAUUCUCGAUGGAGCCGAUUGUGUUAUGCUUUCGGGAGAAACUGCAAAAGGUGAAUAUCCUUUGGAAUGUGUGCGUACAAUGGCAAAUAUUUGCAAGGAAGCUGAGGCUGCAAUUUGGCAUAAUCAACUUUGCAGUGAUUUAACAAGUAAAGUUCUUCCUCCAAUUGAUGCAACUCAUUCGGCAGCAAUUGCAUCUGUUGAAGCUGCUCACAAAUGUUUAGCAAGUGCCAUUAUUGUUAUUACAACAUCUGGACGAUCAGCGCAUCUUAUUUCUAAAUAUCGACCACGUUGUCCAAUUAUUGCUGUAACUAGAUAUCCACAAGUUGCAAGACAGGCACAUCUUUAUCGUGGAAUUUUGCCACUUCAUUAUGCAGAUACACCAUUGUCUGAUUGGCUAAAAGACGUUGAUGCGCGUGUUCAAUUUGGUCUCGAAUUUGGAAAAAGUCGCGGUUUCGUACAAACUGGAAAUUCCGUUGUUGUUGUCACUGGAUGGAAGCAGGGAUCCGGUUUUACGAAUACUCUUCGCAUUGUGAGUGUCGACUGAAUCGAUUCUAGAGGACAAGAAUUGAAAGUAGAGAAAAAAAAAACAUGAUCAGCAGCCAUAAUAAAUGUUUAACAGUGUGCAUAUGUAUUUAAAGUUAAUGUCAAUAUUAUUUGUUAUUUAAUUCAAUCCGUGAACUGCUCUUUGCUGUUUCAUCUAUAAUACCUUAGAUAUGCAGUAUUAUAAAUUAUUAGAUAUUUUAAAUUGUAUACUGCACACAAAUAAAUUUUAAUUCAUUAUUAUUAUUAUCAUCAGACUCAAUGUUAUAUUCAAGAGAAUUGAAAAUAAAUUAAUUCAAAAUUAAAAAAAAA